GUUUUAAUAUUUUUAAUAAUGGGUUCUACAUUAUCCAAAAAAUAGAAAUCUGGGUUGAUUUUAUUUUGUGUUGGAACAGGUUUAUUAAUUGGAGGAUUAUAUUAUUAUGACAAGUAAGAUAAUUCUGAAUUUAAGAUUCAAUAAGAAACCCAAACCUUAGACUCAACAAGAAAAUAGUGAUGCAGAUACCUAAGUUCAAAUAUCCAAUUUACAGAAGGAUUCUGUUCAAGACGAAGAAUCACUAUUACAAAAGGCUGCGAGAUAAGUCAAGAUUGAGUUCCAAGGAAACUUGUUAACUAUGAAUACAAUAAUCUAAAUAUUUCAAAGGGCUUUGGAUCUAACCAAACCUGAAUAUCGAUAGAUUACACUUGACAAUAGAAAAUGUAAUUUUAGAUUAUAUCAAUUUAGAGAGAAGAGAAGCAAAGGCAAAAUCCAACAAUUAAUUGUAUCAAUAAAUGGUGCUUGAUUACAAUGAACAGGUCGAAAAUUUAAUCGAAAAGAAAUAAAUUGAACUUUGUUAAUAUCUAUAGAUAUCAGAGGAGGUGCUCUAGGAAAGUGUGAUGUCAUUAAUGGAGGGUGGAUAAAUUCAACAAUUCUUUAUGAUUCAAGCAACACUAAGACAACAAAUCAAAGAAUCCAUACCAAGCAAAAUAACCUUAUCAGUUGAUGACUUAAAAAAAGUAAUUAGCUACUAGAUACAAAUUCUGACCAAAAAGCCAAAAGUAUUGGUUUAAAUGAUACAAACUCUAUCUGUAAAAUCCCUUUUAAAUAAUUAAUUAGGCUAAUUAAGAAACUCAAUAACUAAUCCCAAUGGCAAUUAAUACAAUCCUAGGUGAUUACUGCUAUGAGGAAUUUCAACUUGAAGAAGAAGACUUGAUGGUAAUGAUGUAGAAUCAAAGUAACAUAUAUAUUAUAACAUCUAGAUAAUUUUACUGAUUAGACAAUAUAGAAUUUGCUCUAAUAAUUAGAGGAGGUUAUGUAUCAAUUGAUGGGACCUAUUUCUUGAAGUAAUUUAU